CAACACAAUAGUUUAAUACUUCGUUGUGAAGCAUACUGUAUAUAUAUAGCACUCUCUAUAACAGAAAGAUUUGAGACCCAAGGUUCCUGUUUCCAUUUCUACAUAGACUAAAGCUUCAGCUUCAAGAUACAAUGAGGGUGGCUGUGAUCGGAGGUGGGAUUGGUGGGCUGGUUUCAGCUUGCGUUCUUGCCAAAGCAGGUGUUAACGUUGUGGUGUAUGAGAAAGAAGAGCAAGUAGGUGGCCAGGCCAGGACCUUCAAUGGCAUUGAUCUAGACCUCGGUUUCAUAGCCUUCAAUCCCGCAAUGAAUCCAAGUACUCUGGAGUUGUUUGAUAGCCUUGGAGUAGGUGUGGAGGCAUGCAACAUGUCAUUCUCUGUAAGCCUUGACAACGGCCAGGACUAUGAAUGGGGCACUCGAAAUGGUUUUUCGAGCUUGUUUGCUCAGAAGAAGAAUGUGUUGAAUCCAUACUUUUGGAAAAUGCUUAGGGAGAUUAUUAAGUUCAAGGAUGAUGUGAUUACUUAUCUUCAAAUGCUCGAAAACAACCCAGAUAUUGAUCGCAAUGAAACCUUGGGACAGUUUAUUAAGUUGCGGGACUACUCUGAACUGUUUCAGAAGGCUUAUCUUAUCCCAAUAUGUUGUUCAAUAUGGUGCUGCACUGUGGAACAAGUCAUGAGCUUUUCAGCCUUCUAUACUCUUUCAAUUUUUCGACGCUAUCAUCUACAUCAGCAGCUACUUGGGCGCCCUCAAUUGCUGACUGUCAGCAGACAUUCAUAUUUUGCAAAUAAGGUCAGAGAAAUGCUGGAGAGCAGAGGAUGUCAAAUAAGAACUGGUUGUGAAAUACAUUCUGUUCAGACUGAUGAUGAUGGUAGCAACAUUGUGUUUGGAGAUGGUUUCCAAGAAAAGUACAACGGAUGCAUAAUGGCUGUUGAUGCUCCAGCUGCCUUGAAAUUACUAGGGAACCAAGCAACAUUUGAUGAACUGCGAUUACUUGGUGCAUUCCAAUAUGUCUGCAGUGAUAUUUUCUUUCAUCGAGAUGUUAAAUUUAUGCCCAAGAACUCAUCAACAUGGAGCGCUUUGAAUUUUGUUAAAGGUGCAGAAAACAAGGCAUGCUUAACAUACCUGCUCGAUGUGCUACAGGAUGUUGGUGAAACAAGUGUACCAUUUCUUGUAACCAUUAAUCCCGAUCAAACACCAAAACAAACCUUGCAUAAGUGGACAACUGGCCAUCUAAUCACAUCUGUUGCUGCAUCAAAAGCUUCUCUUCAGCUUAAUCAGAUUCAAGGGAAGCGAGGAAUCUGGUUUUGUGGAUAUGGCUUCCAUGAAGACAAAUUAAAGGCUGCUAUGGUCACUGCAAAUAAUCUCCUGGGAAAGCAGUGUUCUGUUCUUAACCAGCCAAAACACAUAGUACCCUCUUUCAUGGAAACAGGAGCUCGUCUUUUCGUUACUAGAUUCCUUGGACAAUAUAUAUCAACUGGCUGCAUAACUAUAUUGGAGGAAGGGGGCACAGUUUUUACGUUCAAGGGAAGCGUGAGAAAGUGUUCUGUUAAAACUGUUCUGAAAGUUCACAAUCCACAAUUUUACUGGAAGGUUAUGACAGAGGCUGGUUUAGGCCUUGCAGAUGCCUUUAUCAAUGGAGAUUUUUCUUUCACAGAUAAAGAAGAAGGUCUUCUGAAUCUUUUCAUUAUACUCAUUGCCAAUGGAGAUUCAAAAUCUUCAGUCACAAGACUCAAUAAAAAAAGAGGUUGGUGGACACCUUCAUUUUUCACAGCUAGCAUAGCAUCUGCAAAGUAUUUCUUCAAGCAUGCCUUAAGGCAAAAUAGUGUUACACAAGCUCGUAGGAACAUUUCUCGCCAUUAUGAUGUGAGUAAUGAACUUUUUGCUCUCUUCUUGGAUGAAACAAUGCAAUACUCCAGUGGAAUAUUUAAGAAUGAAGAUGAAGACUUGAAGGUUGCACAGCUAAGGAAAAUGUCAAGUCUGAUUGAUAAGGCAAGAAUUGAGAAGCAACAUGAAGUUCUGGACAUCGGAUGCGGUUGGGGAAGAUUUGCCAUUGAAGUUGUCAAACGAACCGGAUGCAAAUACACGGGCAUCACUCUUUCAGAGGAACAACUGAAAUUUGCAGAAGCAAAAGUAAAGGAAGCUGGUCUUCAGGACAAUAUCAGAUUUCUUCUUUGUGACUACCGCCAAUUACCUGAUACUCACAAAUAUGACAGAAUCGUAUCUUGUGAGAUGAUAGAACAUCUAGGUGAUGAAUAUGUUGAAGAGUUUUUCAGAUGCUGCGAGUCAGCAUUGGCAGAGGACGGGCUACUUGUGCUUCAGUUCAUAUCAAUACCGGAGGAGCGUUUCGACGAGUACAAGCGAAGUUCAGACUUCAUAAAGGAAUAUAUCUUCCCUGGUGGAUGCCUGCCUUCCCUGAAUAGGAUAGUAACUGGCAUGGCUGCGGCAUCUCGACUCUGUGUGGAGCAUGUGGAAAACAUCGGAAUGAACUACUAUCUAACACUACGAUGUUGGAGGAAGAAUUUCCUGGAGAAUCAGAGCAAAAUUCAAGCUUUGGGGUUCGAUGAGAAGUUCUUGAGAACGUGGGAAUAUUAUUUCGAUUACUGUGCAGCUGGUUUUAGGACAUAUACACUUGGCGAUUACCAGGUUGUAUUCUCACGCCCUGGCAAUUACAAAGCACUUGGUUAUCCAUACCAAGGUUUUCCUUCAGCAUACUAGACUGUGACUGCGGUGAACAAUCUCCUCCAAUUACUUAAGCAGCUUCUUCAAUUUCCAUUGUAAUAUUAUUAUCAUAAUUAGCUGAGAGCUUAAAAUAAAUCGUCAUUACCCACAGUGGGUGAGGUUUGCACUUUACA